AGAGCAACAAAUAUCUGCAUCAUUCUUUGAUUUGGAUAAAUAUUGUUUCACAAGGUAAAAUCUGUGGAUCCAUUUAAAUGAGAUCUUUAUGACUUUAUUUGGUUCAAGAACCUUUUCCCACUCAGCCAAACCGAACUUUCUGGAAACCAACAUGGAGUCCAGGUUGACGUCAGAGGUGAAGGUCAGCGGCGGCUCGGCGGUUAUGGAGCGAAACAAACCACCGGGUUUCUCCGGAACCGGAGAGGCCGGCCACCGAAAGCUGUACAGAAACAGAGGACUUGUUCCUGCUGAUCGGUCUGCUGGGGAACACGGGUUCUCUCAGCAGCAGAACAGAAGCCUGAUGGAUCCAUCUCAACCCGGGCCGCUGUACCUGAGAAGCACGUCGACAGUUUCCCUGAAUGAGCGCUUCUCUCAGGUGUUGCAGAGCCAGCUGACCCGACCCAACAAGCCCAUUAUUAGGACCUCUGAGCCUGUUUCUCUGCACCCCCGGAGCCGUUUGAAGAGGGUGGUGCUGCCUCUGUCACAGAGGAUGAAGCUGCGUCCGAGGAAGAGGAGGAGGAGUGUCUGGACUCGACUCGGAGGUCUACAGCUCACCCGCCACCUGUCGUACUGCAGCCUGCCCGGAUUCUGGAGCUUCAGGAAUAAGUACACAUUGAGAGCCAGGCGCAGCGCCACCUACAGGAGACGAGGAAAGCUGGACGGUUGUCUGGGCCAGAGUCGCCUGGUGAGGACAGCAAAGCUCCAAACACAGACUGCAGGAGGACAAAGACUGAGUCAAACGCUGCAGAGGGGCGGAGCCACAUCGUUAAAGGGCCGGUGGUUUCCCACCAGGAAGCAACUGGAUGCACAGCUGGAUGAGUAUAUGUCUCUGUCCAGGAGCAGGCUGGACAAGCAGCUGGAGGACUACAUGUCCAUGUCCCGCAGACGUCUGGACGAAGAGCUGGACGAGUACAUGAUGAUGGCGGGGCAGUCUCUGGAAGACUGAGGGGGCGGAGUCUGGAUCAGGUUUGGUUUUUAAUGAGGACGGAACGAGGUUUUAUUUACUGACUGAGAGCAGCAAAGAUCUAGCUGCUGAUUGGUUCCUGAGCUUCAGUUUUCUCUCUGUUGGUCUUUGUUUCUGCAGCUCUUCUCCUCAGUUGUUCUUUUAUUGUUUGCGAUGCUUUUGUCCACUUCACUGACCUCUCUCUGCGUUGGAAAUCCGAAUUACUGAAGCUGCACUUUUGUUCCCAGCCUUUGACAGAAAAUGUGAAUAAACGACGUUACCUUCUGAGAAGAUGCUGGUUGUUCUUCAUACCAGGGGGACCACUGAUUGGGGCGGAGCCCCCUAGCUGUUAUGAUUGGUUCAUUUAUCUCCUCUCCUGUGGCCCAGGAUGCAGCUGGACCUGUUUUGCUCAGCCAGGGUUAGAACCUUGUCUAAGUGUAUAAGGUAGAGGUCGGCAACCCGCGGCUCUGCGUGGCUUGGGAAAAAUAAAUUUAAUUUAAUUGAAGUGUA